UUCCUCACAUCGGCUGUGCCCUGCCCACUCCUCCAGCACGUGGGGAGGUUGGGCGGGUCGUCGACGCGCACAGCCGCUCCACCUCCAAGGCGUUGUGGAAGAAAGGAUCUCAGUACACUGGAUACUACAUCACAAGAGGAUACACAAGAAGAAUAUUUGUGUUGUGUUGACCGUCCAACGAGAAGAAAAAAACCCGCCCUCGCUCGCGCACAGCAGGAUCAUAACGCACAGACUGUAGAUUCCCUGUUCGUGCGCUCGUUUGGGUGCGACCCGUCAAAGAAAUCAGAUUUCUCUGGGCGACUUGUGUUUACACAGGAGCCAUCCAGAGCCACGUUUCAGCGAGCAAGCCUCACUGGGACAGUACAGUGCAGGACUGUUCUGGGGUUGACUCCAUGCCCAUGCAAACAGUGGAGGAACACAGAUGGGAAAUAGCUCUAAUAUCCUGUUUCACUUGAAGUCCUUGAAGACUGAGAAGUCCAGUGGAGGUAUUAUGGAGAUAUUUGGAAACAUGGAGCGCAGCAGCUGAUCGAGCACAUGUUGUGUAGUAGGUAGUGAUCAGUUGAUAAACUUUCACGAUGGAUAUGGGCAAUGGAGGUGCUGCAAACUAGCCACAACUGCGCUUGACAUUUGGAUGAAGGAAAUGAUACAUUAGCCUGCUGUUUGAAAUCAUCACUAAAGUUCUUCAACGCGUCCAGCGAGCUGAAAGUCAGCUGGGUCCACAAUCAUGGAGAGUCAGGAUGAGAGGGAGAGCAGUCCUCCCAAGUCGGACCGCAGGUUUUCCCUGACUUACAUCGGUGGCUCCUUACUCGACAGGCGGACCACCCUCCCCAUGCUGCCCUGGCUGGUGGCUGAGAUCCGCCGCAGAGGAGAGAGGGGCGACUGCGGCCCCGUGGUGCAGCCCAGAGAGGUCCAGCUGGUUCUCAACCCCCCUUUCGUGCGGUGUGUUCCUUCCAGCAGCAACAACUCCUCAGUGUUUAUAUUCGAGCACAAAGCGCAGUUGAUCUCUCGCUUCAUUCACAACAGCAAUGACCUCACAUACUUCGCCUAUCUGCUGCGGGGACAGCCGGACAACCCCGAGUCCGAGAUGUCCUGUCAUGUCUUCAAAGCCUGCGACCCCAGCCAGGUCCCCGAGGUGAUCAGCAGGAUUCGCCAAGUGUCCAAAUCUGCCCUAAAGCAAGAAGCCAAGCCCAAACAGGAAGCUGAUGAUGCCUUCUAUAACUCCCAGAAGUAUGAAGUGCUUUACUGUGGCAAGGUUACAGUUGUGCACAAAAAGGCUCCAUCCACCCUUGUCGAUGACUGCAUCGACAAGUUUCGUCAGCAUGAGGUCGAGCGAAAGCGCCUACGACUGCUCAACGGUCAGAGAGGGUCCACAGAAAAUGCCCCUGUGGAGUUCCUCAUUGGGGGAGAUGGAGACCCUCUGUCAUCUGCACUGAAUGAAUGUAAAGAAGGCCUUGAAGUGCCAGGAGUGGAGGAUAUGACUGGAGGUGUAGGUAUUGGUCUGACCAGCAAUUCCAGUCAGAGCAGUCUACGUGGAGCAUUCCCUGAGUGCAUCCUAGAGGAUUCAGGAUUUGAGGAGCCUCAGGAGUUUCGUACCCGCUGCAGCAGCCUGGCAGGGAAUGUGCAGAGAAAGCCAGGAGAAGGCAUCAUUUUGGGUCCUACACGCCGUAGACACUCCAGUGCACCUAACCACGUCCAGCCAUCUGAUGCAGACAAGAACCGCACCAUGCUCUUCCAGGUCGGGCGUUUUGAAGUAAACCUCAUAAGUCCAGACAGUAAAACAGUGGUGCUGGAGAAGAACUUCAAAGAUAUCUCAUCCUGCUGUCAGGGUAUUAAGCAGUCUGACCAUUUUGGAUUUAUCUGCAGGGACCAGUCAGAGUCUGGUCCCAGUCAGUAUGUGUGCUACAUUUUCCAGUGUGCCAGUGAGUCCCUGGUGGAUGAGGUGAUGUUGACCCUGAAGCAGGCCUUCUCCACAGCAGCAGCCUUACAGAGCAACAAAACCCCAAUCCAGCUAUGUGAGGCCUGCCCCAUGCAUGACCUGCACAAGCUCUGUGAGAGGAUUGACGGUCUCUACCCACCAAGAGCAAAGCUGGCAAUCCAAAAAUAUCUCUCCCAGCUGACUGACAAUGAGCAGGCGGAGAUUUUUGAGCGAGUUCAGAGAUUAAAGCCUGGAUCAGACCAGGAGGAGAAUGAGCUGGUGAUUCUCCAUCUGAGACAGCUCUGUGAGUCCAAACAAAAGACACACCUCCACAUCGGAGAGGCCCCUCAGAAUGCUGCCAACAGCUCAUCAGCAGGUGACAGCGCCGCCACCAGCAGCCGCUUCAAACUUGAUAUUCUGAAGAACAAAGCCCGCACGUCUCUCACCAGCUCCCUGGAGAACAUCUUUGCUCGGGGUGCCAGCAGAAUGCGGGGCCGUUUGGGAAGCAUGGGAAGCAUGAGCAGCUUUGAAAGGCAGGAUGAGGAAUCUCCUGGCCACUCCCCUCCAGGUUCUCCUCCUUCUUUCCACGAAGACGACCCUGAAGGCGGUCUGCAGUUCCGUCGACGUGCCCACACCUUCAGCCAUCCACCUGUGAAGAAACGCAUUUCUUUCGAGGGCCAGCCGACCAACCCGAGCAAACCGCUGCGCAGACAACAGUCAGUGAAUGCAGAACUGCUGCAGAGCAGUCCUGUGGCUGUCUCUAGAACUCGCAGCGUUUCGGAGAGCGAGUCCACCUUCAGCCUCCCCUCCUCCUUCCCCGCCCCCACUUUCCUGAAAAGCUUUUACCAGGGCUCGCUGGGCUCCCUCAGCUCCCUGGGCUCCCUCAGCUCCCUGGCAGACAGUGGGAGCCUCAAGAGCAAUGGAGAAGGCAGAAAAAGGACGCUGUCUGGCUGCAGCAGCGACUCAGUAGGUGGAGGUCUCCCUCCUCCGACCCCACGCAGGGUCUCCUGGAGACAGAAGAUCUUCCUGAGGGUCGCUUCGCCCAUGCACAAGCCAUCUGCCUCCAUGGAGCACGCAGACCACUCUGACAGCAGGGAGCUGUUGCCCCUCUCCCCUCGUGCCUUCGAUUCGACUCUAGACCCCUUGGGGCGACAUCUGCCUCCAAAAGGAACCAGCCUUACCGGAGAGAGGCCUAAGAGGACGAGUGCUGACUACCGGGCCCUCUGGAAGACCGCCAUCCACCAGCAGAUCCUCCUGCUGCGUAUGGAGAAGGAGAACCAGAGGCUGGAGGAAGCGAGCAGGGAUGAGCUUCACAUCCGCAAGAUGAAGCUGGACUACCAGGAAGUGGGCCAGUGCUCCAAAGACACUCAGGCAUCGUGGGAGAGAAAACUGAGCGCCCCAGGCAGAACGACGGUCCCACAAGACAAGGAGGAGAUGUAUCGAGCUCUCUGCCAAGGUGUUCCCAAGAGCAGGCGAGGGGAGGUCUGGUUACUCCUUUCCCAUCAGCACAGGCUGCGACACAGACUCCCUCAGCGCCAGCAGGCCCCCGAAACCCCCUACUAUGACCUGCUGAAGCAGCUCACUGCUCAGCAACACUCUAUCCUGGUGGAUCUAGGCCGGACCUUUCCCACCCACCAGUACUUCUCGGCCCAGCUGGGUGCAGGGCAGCUCUCCCUCUACAACCUCCUGAAAGCCUACUCUCUGCUGGAUACAGAGGUUGGCUACUGUCAGGGUAUCAGCUUUGUGGCUGGAGUAUUGCUGCUCCACAUGAAUGAGGAACAAGCCUUUGACAUGUUGAAGUUUCUCAUGUAUGAUCUGGGCAUCAGGCAGCAGUUCAGACCGGACAUGGUUUCUCUGCAGAUUCAGAUGUACCAGCUCUCCAGACUGUUACACGACUACCACCGCGAGUUGUACAAUCACUUUGAGGAGCACGAGAUCUGCCCCAGCCUCUACGCAGCGCCGUGGUUCCUCACUCUCUUCGCCUCACAGUUCCCCCUCGGCUUUGUGUCCCGCAUCUUUGAUUUGAUAUUUGUCCAAGGCACCGGUGUGAUCUUUAAAGUGGCCCUCUGUUUGCUGAGCAGACAUGAGAAGGAGCUAGUGGAGUGCGACAGCUUCGAGAGCAUUGUGGACUAUCUGAAAACUACCCUUCCCACCUUCACUCCCGAACAGAUGGAGCAGACCAUUGCAAAGGUCAUGGAGAUGGACAUAUCCAAGCAGCUGCAUACAUACGAAGUAGAGUACCAUGUUCUGCAAGAUGAGAUGUUAGACUCAGGACCGCUGACGGAUGAGUCGGACCGGCUCGACAAAGUAGAAAAGACAAAUUCCCAUUUGAAGAAACAGAACAUGGAACUGCUGGAGAAACUUCAGGCUGCGCGACAGAAGAUCCAGACGCUGGAGACGAGCGUGGAGAGCUUCCUUUCUCGGGAGAGCAAAAUGAAACACAUGAUCCGCACUCUGGAGCAAGAGAGGGCAGCGUACCAGAAGACCAUCGAACGCAUGCGCUCAUGCGUUCCCCCCGACGCCCUGACAGAUGUGGAGAUGACCCAGAUCAAAACAGGACCCAAUGGGAAAGCCAAAACUGCAGCCAAGAAGCCCUGAUGGCAAACAGGGUGCUGCUGGCUGCUCUGGGCAGGCACACAGGCACAGACUGAAGUGAACAAAUGGAGACUGCUGAGCCCACACAGCUAUUGUUCUACUGCUACACCAGAGACGCAGCGUUCUGUAAAUGUCUGGCCUUGAGACUGUAUGGGAAAUAUCUACGUGAUAUUUGUCGGCGUAUAAAAGAGUUGUGGGUGGAUGAUUUCAGUUGUGCUAGCAAACAAACAGACUGUUCCAUGAGUGCAUCAAAGCUGCUGUUGUGUCUCAUCUGUUUCACUAAAGGUGAAAUCAGGAUGCUUAUCUUUCCUUCUUACUCAGAUGUUUUUGGUAAUCAAAGGGGAAUCUUUCUAGAUUGACUGUAAAAGUGUCUGCCUUUACUAAUCUCUUUCCACUGCCUUGAAUUGUUUACUACCACAAAGGCAGAGGUGCCUGCUGGCAAACACUCCUCAGGACCUCCAGUGCAACUUAAAGCCAUUAGCAGCGUGUAUGAUCCUGGAGUUGACCCCAUUGUUUCACUUGUUUUUGAGCUCAUUUCAGGCAUGGAAACUAUGCCUCUGAGUAAUCACACUGCUUUGUUAUUUCCUUUUGUUGACUUGAAUUUUUUUGUGAAUGUCACUUCCCUCCAAAGAUCAUCGCAAUCACGUCGUGUUUUCAAAACAAGAGACAUCUCGCUGCACACCUGCCGCAGCAUCAGGCUUUUAAAUUCCUGCAGACGCAUUGUCUAUCUGCUCGUCUUGCAGCGCUGCACCACUGCCUUCACUUGAGAGAUCUUUCUUACUCGCACUUGCUGCUUAUUGUAAAAAAGGAGGAAGUGUUUCUUCCAAAGCUCAGGCAGGAUGUGAGGUUGUCUGCCUUCUCAGCUUCCUGUGUGACUGACCGCGGUGUCGCCUCACUGAAGCAGAGUUCACACCCCGCAGGAGGCACUGAAAAAAGAAAAAAAAAAAAGACUGAAGGUGGAGGAGUGAUCUGAAUGUACAUCACUGGCUUUUUUGUUCAGAGUCUGUCACAUUUGUGUUUCUGACAAAAGUAGCAUCACUCUUAUGUCUUGGAGUUCUCAACAGUGGAAGCAACACGCAGGUUAAGAUUUCAAAAGAACACAUAUCUGAAGAUGCAUCGCUUGAGGUCACGAUUUUAUGAUUGCAGUGAAACCAGAGUGUUAAAGUGAACAGAGUUUCACUUUGAGUGGAAUCAGUCUCUGCUGACACUUGGUAAAUACAGUACAUGUACAUACAGGCUGUGCAGAGACCUGUCUGGCUGUACGGACACACAGUUCAAAUGAGUGUAAAGUGUGUCCCUGGCUCUCUCCUCGGUUCUGUUUUGUCCCACCUCCGUGUCUGACUCACCAUCACUGGUUCAGACAGAAAGAAAAGCAGUCUUGGGCUUGACUCUGCUUUCAUAAAAUACUCUUACAUUAAAACCAAGGUGAUGUCUGUAGCAUGGAAAAAGUACUUACUGAAAGGGUCUAUCAGUCUUCCCGUCCUUGGUGACAUUUGUGUCUGUUUAAAGUUUGUAUUCUCAAACUCACAGCCUCUGGUAUACAAUACAAAUAUGUCCAGCAAUCCUCUGUAUUUGCAUAUACAGGGAGCACUUGUCUUCUUUUACGUUACUGGAUCUCAAAAUUCAAGUUAGAAAGCAUUCACUGUAAUGCUGAAAUGAACUGAAGUUUGAAGCAAAUGUCUCAUAAUAAUAAUAACAACAGAGGAAUAUGAACCUCCAAACAGCAGGGAUACAUUCAAGAGAGCAGAAAGUGAAACAUAUCAAACAUCUCUUUUUAAAGCAUGUCAGAGUAUACAUAGGAAGCAGGCCUACAUCUUCUUCUCUGUAUUUUUAAAGUUACAGUAUUUGUGCAUCAUUCAUUUUGACAGUGGAACCAAAGAUUUGGUUGUUUUAAAAAAAAGAAAGAAAGAAUGAGUUCAUCCAAAAUGCUGUAAUGUAACUGUAUUGUGUUUUAACGUGACAAUCAUUCUGUCACUACACAUCUUUUCUGCAUCUUUACAUAUGUUCUUUGGGAUAAAAGCUUGAAAAGAAACCAAAUAAAGAGGAAAAAAAAAGUAACUACAACAAAAAAAAGUGACAGGCUGGUUUACUCACAGCUCGUAUCUUAUUCUUUUGUGCCAAAAGGUAACAACAGCCUUCAUUAUCCUUCUAUCAGAGAUACAAGACCACCUAAUGAGUAAGACAAGCCCAUCGUAGCAGUCACUGAAGGGUCUGUGUUGUACAUCAGUAGCUUGAAGUCUCGACUGCCUAAUUGUGCUUUCAUCACUGUGUUAAGAGAAGAUUCUCACUUAAAGUUGGAUUGUUUUUUUGUCAACAUUAGGGCUACACAAAAGCAAAGAAACUGUCAAAAAGUCUUCAAUAAAACUCACUGCCUUGUUUCUGA